GCGCUGCAGAGCGGCAGCAAAUCGUGAGUAGAUGCCGCAUGACUCGAGCCUCAUGUGGGCCACCGGAUGAUCAGUUCUCCGGACAAGCUGAGCUGACACCCUGGGACACCAUGGUGAACAAAGAGGACCUGGAGGAGAGCAUCAAGAAGCUGGUGGUCCGGCUGAGCAACGUGCAGGGGGACAGGCAGCUGAUGACGCUGAUACAGAUCAUCCAGGAUCUGCUGUUCCACGCGCACACGGACGAUGCAGCAGAGCUGUUUGAAGACAAAGACGUCCACGUCCCUCUGAUGCUGGUGCUGUCAACCUACAUCGACAGCAAAGGAGUCCAGCAGGUAGGCUGGUCGCUGCUGUGCCGUCUGAUCGAGAUCCGGCCCAGGACGCUGGACCAGUUAACGUGCUCACUGGAAGAGGCCCGAGAAUGGGAGGUACUGGCUGUGCACCAGCUGCUGCUGAAGGUGCUGUCUCUGUACAGCAGCGACGUCAGGGUGACCAUGGUGGGUCUGCGGGCCCUGGCUCUGCUGCUGGGGCAAGACAUGCUGCCCCUCUUGGUGUUGGAGGAGGAGGAGGAGGUGUUCGGUCUGCUGGUUGAGGCCAUGAGGAGGUUCUCCUCCAGCGAGGAGGUGCUGCUGCAGGGCUGUACCUCCCUGCAGCUCCUCUUGGAGAGAGUGAGUGAUGACCACCUGGUGGAGUUUGUUGAGACCCAGGAUCACCUGGUGGUCCUGGGGACCCUUCAGGGGUCCCGGGUCAGACCAGACCUGCUCCUGCAGGCCAUCAGGGUCCUGAUCCCCCUGGCCGGACCUGCCAGUAAUGUUGAGAUGUUGAUGUCCGGCGGCGCCCGGGUUUACAGCUCGCUCAUCGCCGCCAUGGACGCCUUCCCGGACACUGAGGACCUACAGGAGGCCAGCUGCCGCCUCCUCAGGAGGUUAACAUCAGAGAGCUACUACAACAUCCUGGUGCUCAACGGGGUCCAGAGGGUGGCGGUCCGGGCGUGUCGGACGUUUCCCGACAACGCCGAGCUGAAUGCUGCCGCCCUGUCCUGCCUGGCCGACCUCACCAGUACCAUCGUGCAGAGCCAGGAGGUGGCUGCUCAGGGCCUGGAGGAGGGCGAGGAGGAGGAGAAUCGGGGGAGGGAGGAGGUUGGGGAUCUGGGUCUGGGCUGGAUGGAGGUGUGCUGCUCCGCCCUGGAUCUCCACCCUGCAGACCCCAACGUUCAGGAGGCCGCCUGCAGGGCCGUCCACCGCCUGCUGGUCCACGGCGCCGGUCUGGACUACUGCCUGGAGGAGAGAGAGGAGAGGCCUGCGGUCCACAGACAGCUGAUGGCGGCCAUGUUGCUGCACUCAUCCGCCCCGGGCGUGUUCACCGCCGCCAGCGGAGCGCUGGCCUCGCUGCUCACCCACGACGGUACGAUGCGCUCGCUGCUGCUGUCCAACGGCCUCCACGUGAACCUGGUGGACAUGAUGAAGAGGCACGCGGCGUCGGAGGACAUCUGCCUCAGCGCCUGCAGACUGCUGACCCUGCUCUUCCAGGGGAGGACGGCAAGCCUGGACGAGCUGAACAUGGCCAUGACCCAGAUCCUGAAGACCAUGAAGCUCCACAAUUUCCAGCCCGAGGUCCAGCUGGAGGCCCUGCAGGCCAGCCUGGUGUUCCUCUGCCCAGACCGCAGCUUGCGGGAGAACGGGGUCUCGGUGGGGGACCCCGAUGCCGCGGACCUGUCCCUGAGGGUCCUGAAGAACCAGUGCGUGCUGGAGGGCGCCCACGCCGUGUACCUGGAGGCCCUGAACCGGUUCAUCAGCAGUCCAGCCAUCCAGACAUGCGGUCUGAGGGUGUUGUCCGCCCUAGCCGACUGCUCUGGUGCAGUGGACCUCCUCUGCCAGCAGGGGGCGAUAGACACCGUGCUGCACACGCUACAGAUGUUCCCCAGGGAUCGAGGGGUCCAGCUGUGGGGUCUCACCCUGCUCCAGCACCUGGUCUCCAGGAAGAAGCUGUCCAGGGUGAUGGUCCCGGUCCUGGCCUCCGUGGUGGUCUCGUCCCUGGGCCAGUACGCUGACGACCCCCCCCUGCUGCUCAAGGGCUUCCUGGUGGCGUUGAGGAUGAUGGACGCCUGCUCCAACGCCGCCGCCGACCUGCAGCGGGAGGACUUCGACAGCCACGUCUUCAGACACGUCCAGGAGGACACGCCCCCCCACCACCCCCCCUUGCUGCGGCGGUCGGCCUGCCUGUCCCUCCUCCGGCUGUGCUCUGACCCCGCCCUCCGCUCCGUCAUGCUGGAGAAGGCGUGCGGCGACGACAACGUGGCGAUGGCCGAGUGCCUCGUCGUCAUGGGCGCCGACGUCAACAGGAAGUCCGGAGCGGAGUCCCUCAUCUACCAGGUGUGUGAGCGGGGCGGGCCCCUGGAGCUGGUGGAGCUCCUUCUUGGGGGGGGCGGGGUCCCGGAGCAGCAGCUCCGCAGGGCGCUGGGGGCCAGCGUGCGGCGAGGGGACGGUCCCGCCGUGGUCCUGCUGCUGGCCCGCCUCGGCCUGGACCCCCACACGGGCUGCCUCACCCUGGGGGGCCUCCGCCUGGGCCGUCUAGACCCCGCCUGGCUGGGGCCCCUGCUGGCGGGGCGCGGGAGGGGCCCCAGGGAGGGGGAGGGCCACGGUCCAGGGGACCGUCUGGCCCAGUACGUCCGGUCCCACCAGAGGCCCAGGAGCAGCGCCGGGCCCGGGGGCGUGGCCAUCCCUGGGGGCGUGGCCGACCUGUGUCUGACCCCGGGCGACAUAUCGGACGAGAGCGACGACUCCAACCUCAGCUUCCUGUCGGUGGAGGACGGGCCCUUCCUGCCCGAGGGGCUGGAGAGCGACGGCAGUGAUUCGCUUCCGGGAGCUCCCUCCCCAAAGGCCCUCCACCAAUCGGUUGAGGAGCUGAACGGGGGGGUCCUGAGGAUGGGCCUGGGGCGUCCCCGGUGUGCCAGCGAGGAGACCGCAGGGCGCCAGGACAAACGACACAAACACCGGAGCGGGAGCUUCACCAGAGGGAUCCACUCCCCAGGGAUCCACUCCCCCCUGCUGGGCUCCGGGGGAGAGCGGUCUCCCCCCCUGACAGUGGACCGGGUCCGGGACCUGGACCUGUCGGGGAACGAGCUGGACUCCGUGAGCUGUCUGAGGGACCCGGGCACGGUCCUGCCUCACCUGGAGCACCUGCUCCGUCUGGACCUCAGCCACAACUGCCUGCUGGCCUUCCCCCCGGAGCUGUGUGCGAGCCUGAGCAGCCUGACCCGUCUGGACCUCCAGGGGAACAGGCUGAGCUGGCUGCCCCCGGCCCUGCUGGCCCUGCCCUCCCUGGGCACGCUCAACCUCUCCCGCAACGCCCUGCUCAGCCCUCUGCUGCCCCCUGACCCCGACAGCGUCUGCUGCCCGUCGCUACGGCAACUGAACCUGUCCUUCAACCGGCUCGGGGCCGUGCCCCCCGCCCUGGGCCGGGUCGCCCCCCUGCUGACAGAGCUGCUGCUGGAGGGUAAUGAGAUCCGUGUUCUGGGAGCUCCGCUGGGUCUGCAGGAGCUCAGGGUGCUGGACCUGGGUAGGAACAUCAUAGAAGACAUCUCCUCAGACUUCCUGAUCGGCUGUCCCAGGCUGGAGACCUUCAGCGCCUCCAUGAACAAACUGGGUUCAAUCUGCCAGCUGCCUGCCAGACUAACGACUUUGAAACUGUCUGACAACCGCUUCAGAGACGUCCCUGAGGUUGUGCUCCGACUCCCCAACCUGCGGUCGCUGGACCUCAGGAGCAACGACAUCGCGGUCCUGCCGGGCCCGCGAGACUGGGCCUCGCUCAACCUCCGGGAGCUGAUCCUGGGCCAGAACCGUAUCGCCGCUCUGGACCUGAGCGGACCGGUCUACAAGUGGUCCCGCCUGGAGAAGCUGCACCUGGGGAACAACAAGCUGACGGAGGUUCCCCCUCAGAUCGGAGCCCUGGAGGAGCUCACCUCUCUGGACCUGAGCCACAACGCCUCCCUGCGCUCCUUCCCCGACGAGAUGGGCCGCCUGGGCCGGCUCUGGGACCUGCCCCUGGAGGGGCUGCGGCUGCAGCUGGACCUCAAGCUCAUCGGCAGCAAGACCAAGGACAUCGUCAGAUUCCUGCAGCAGCGGCUGAAGAAGGCGGUGCCGUACUACCGCAUGAAGCUCAUCGUGGUGGGAAACCCCGGCAGCGGGAAGACCACCCUGAUCCAGCAGCUGAUGAAGGCCAAGCGACCGCAGAAGACCCCCCGCCCCGGGACCAGCACCGCCGGUCUGCGGGUCCUGGACUGGACUCUACGGGAGCGGGACCAGAAGAGCAUGGUGCUCAACGUGUGGGACUUCUCAGGCGGAGAGGAGUUCAGCGGCUCCCAUCCCCACUUCCUGACCCCCAGGGCCGUGUACCUGGUGGUGUACGACCUCAGCAAGGGACCCAGCCAGGUGGAGGCCCUAAAGCCCUGGCUCUUCACCAUCAAGGAGGUGGCGCCACUGUCCCCGGUGCUGCUGGUGGGGACGCACGCCGACGCCAGCGAGGACAGCGCCGUGCAGGCCUGCCUGGCCGCCGUCCGCCAGGAGCUGCUGAGCCACCAGGGCUUCCCCGUCAUCAGGGACCACCACGCCGUGGGGGCCGGCGAGGACACCGACGCCCUGGCCCGGCUCCGCAAGUCCAUCGCCCGAGAGGCCGCCGGGUUCAAGGUGCUGGGCCAGCCGGUGAUGGGCCAGCUGGUCCCUGAGAGCUACGUGGAGCUGCAGCGUCUGGUGCUGCAGGAGAGGGCCCGGGUCACGCCCGACUUCCCCGUGCUGCGGCACGCCGACCUCCUGCUGCUCCUGCAGGAGAACCAGCUGCAGCUGGAGGAGGCGGAGCUUCCCCACGCCGUCCACUUCCUGAGCGAGGCCGGGGUGCUGCUGCACUUCGAGGAUCCGGUGCUGCAGCUCCGGGGGCUGUACUUCAUCGACCCCCAGUGGCUCUGCAACAUCAUCUCCCAGAAGCUGCCCCUGCGCAGCGUGGGCGUGUGGGAGCACCCUAAGGGCGUCCUGCAGCGCUCCCUGGUGGAGAGGCUGCUGCUGGAGGGCAGCUGCUUCCCCCGCACCCACCUGGCCCCUCUCUUCAGGCUGCUGGUCCGCUUCCAGAUCGCCCUGCCCUGCGGAGACGACCAGCUGCUGGUGCCCUCCAGCCUGUCGGAGGACCGGCCCGCCAUCGAGCUGCCCCACUGCGAGCACUCGGAGGUGAUGGUGCGGCUCUACGAGCUGCCCUACUUCCCCCUGGGCUUCUGGCCGCGCCACAUCAACCGGCUGCUGGAGGUCUCGUCCCAGCUGCUCGGUGGCACGGAUAAAGCUAUGCGUGCUAACAGGAUCUACUGGCGUCGCGGCGUGUACCUGAGCUGGUCUCCAGACGCCUACUGCCUGGUGGAGGCCGCCUCUCUGGAGGACAGCCCCUCCAGCUUCAUGAAGGUCACCGUGCCCUGCUCACAGAGAGGUCGUGUGCUCCUGGGCCAGGUGGUGGACCACGUGGACUCCCUGCUCGAGGAGUGGUUCCCGGGUCUCAUGAACACGGACAUCCACGGCAGCGGGGAGGCGCUGCUGAAGAAGUGGGCUCUCUACAGCUUCAGGGACGGGGAGGAGAGGGUGAAGGUCCUGCUGGAGGACCUGCUCACACUCUACAACAACGACUUCCUGCUGGUGGACCCCGAGGACCCCCGCUGCACCCUGCCCGUCUCCCAGGUGGCCCCGGACCUGGUCCUGAGCGACCAGCCCGCCUGGACCCUGCUGGACCACGAGGCUCUGGAGGUGGACCUCUCCAAGGACAACCUGCUAGGAAACGGGGGCUUUGGGACGGUGUACCGCGGGGUCUACAAGAACGAGGAGGUGGCCGUGAAGAUGUUCAACAAGCACGCCUCUGAGCUGUACGUCCACCGGCUGCUCAGACAGGAGCUGGUGGUGCUGGGGCGCCUCCACCACCCAAGCCUGGUGGGGCUGCUGGCGGCCGGGGUGUCCCCCAGGGUCCUGGUCAUGGAGCUGGCGCCGCGGGGGUCCCUCGACACCCUGUUUGAGCACCUGAACCAGAAGCUGCAGCACCGGAUCGCCCUGCAGGUGGCUGACGGACUGAGGUACCUCCACUCGGCCAUGAUCAUCUACCGGGACCUGAAGCCGCACAACGUCCUGAUCUUCAACCUCAAGAGCAACUCGGACAUCAUCGCCAAGAUCACAGACUACGGCAUCGCCCAGUACUGCUGCAGCAUGGGCGUCCGCAGCGCCGAGGGGACCCCAGGGUUCAGGGCCCCUGAGGUAGCGCGGGGCAACGUGGUGUACAACCAGCAGGCGGAUGUCUUCUCCUUCGGCCUCUUCCUGUACGACCUGCUGACCUGCGGCCAGCGCAUCUCAGACGGUGUGAAGUUCCCCAGCGAGUUCGACGAGAUCGUGGUGCAGGGGAAGCUGCCAGACCCAAUCCAGCACUACGGUGCCCCCCCCUGGCCCGCCCUGCAGGCGCUGAUGAAGCAGUGCCUGGAGGAGGGGCCCCAGGACCGGCCCACGUCGGACCAGCUGUUUGACAGGCUGAACUCGGGGGAGAUGCUGGGUCUGCUGAGGGAGGUGGUGACUCCGGGGGCGGCCGAGUGCCUGGUGGUGGACCCGGGGGGGCCGGGCGGAGGUCCGGACCCUGGCCCCAGGGCCUAUCUGGGGGGAGGCAGCAGCUCCAAGAGAAUAGGCUCCCUGACCACCAUCCACCUGGACACCCAGACCACCUCCACACAGGUGAUUGACAGCAGCCCUGUCCUAUGCCUGGUGAGCGUCCGGCCUCCAGGCGAGCACUGUGAUUGGCUGGUGGCGGGCACACAGGCCGGCUCUCUGGUGGUGAUCAGCGGGCGAGACGCAGCGACGCGACACAACCUGCAGGGGGUCUCCGACGCCGUCACCUCGCUGUUCUUCCACACACACCCACCACGCACCCAGAGGAGGAGCUACUUGUUGGUGGGCUCAGCCGACGGGACCCUCAGCGUUUUUGAGGACUCAGCGCUCACACAGGCCGACGGCCAGCCAGUCAAGAUCCUCCGUGUGGGCAGCGUGGACACGCCCCUGGUCUGUCUGGGCCAAUCGGGGCACUCGCUGGACCGCGGCACGGUGUGGGCGGGCUGCGGGAGCCGAGUGCUCUCGUUCUCGGCGGACUACGAGGUCACCCGAACCCUGGACACCAGACCCCCCCUGGAGCAGCAGCGGUCCCCCAGCUCUGUGUCCCGCCUGGCGGUGGAUAACCACGUGUACGUGAGCACGGCCCGCGGCCACACGCUGACCGUCUGGGACAGGAGGAGCCAGCGGCUGCUGGACUCCAUCGACGUAGCCCAGCUCAUCAGACAGGGCAGCCGGGCCCCCAUGGAGGGCCCCACCAGGGACCGCUCCUCGUCCUGGGCCAGUGUGAAGGUGCUGCUGGUGCUGAACAGUGCCACCCUGUGGGUGGGCACCCAGGGGGGGCACCUGCUGCUGCUGGAGCUGGCUACCCACCAGGCGCUGCACGUGGUGCCCCCCCACUGCCUCUCCGUCCGCAGCAUGGCCCCCGCCCUCAUAGAAACCCUGAACCCCAACCGAUUGGUCCUGGUCCUGGGAAGGAGAACCCGGAGGGACCGUAGCCUAUGGGAGGACGAGUCGGUGCUGAUGGUGUGGAGGGCCGCCCUCCCCCAGGAGGUGACGGAGCUGCGGCGGCACUGCGAGGUGCGGGCGGAGAUCAAGGCCAAGAUGAGAGAACAGCUCCGUCAGGACUGAACCCGCCGCUCAAACGCUUUCCAUAAAGGGACAGAGUUCACACUACACACUAAAGAGAACUUCAAAACACACCAAAGAAGACUCCUCCUGAAGCUAUCGGUGGAGCGACUCGCUGACAUGGACCGCUGUGACUUUAUCCUCCAUGUCUCGGGAGACCUCCUCAUCGUUAAAUGAAGGCUAACGGGCCGAUGACCUCAUCAUCUCUGAAAAACCUGGAGCCCUUUUUUAUAAACGCUUUGAUACUCUGGGAGCGGAACGGGAUCUGAGCCUUUGACAUGACUCCGGUGCGAUCCAGGGAUUAUUUAUCCUUCCUCUGGUUUCCUGUUGCUUUGUGUUUCCCGACGGCUUGCUGUUAUGCAGUGCUGUGGAUUGUCCUGACAUGUUUUAAACAAAUUUUUAAUUAUAUUUUAUGUACCGUA